AUGUCCUUCCUCACCCCCAUCCGCGCAACCACCCUCCGCCUCUCCCGCCCUGCCUAUGCCUACACCUCUGCAGCAGCCCUCCACACCAGCAUUCCCCGCCCAGGUCUGAAGGAAUCCGAUCACAACCGUGAAGACCUUGGCAGCAUCUACGAAGCCGAGAAACACGACCAACUGAAAAGCACCAAGGAGGGUAAGGCGAAGUGGAAGCAGGAAAUCGCUAGUGAUAGUGAGGCGUCGGUCAAGGCCGAUCGCGGCGAAGUGGACAGUGACGACAAGAACUUCGGAGCCAUGCAGGAACGGACGAAAGGGUUGCCGAAUAGGGAUGGGCCCGUGAACAAGACUCAAUAA